UUUUAAAAACUACUACAAAUACUCUAUUACUGCAGUAACAGAGUAUUUGUACUCGGUCUUAGUACUUUUACUGCAGUAUUAUUGUGAACACAGAGGUAGGACUAUAAGGGAAGAAAGGAGGCACCAGGAGGUGUCUGCCUGUAAGGGGCGCUGUGGGGCUGCCGAGGAGCCGCUGAGCCAGCAGGGAGUCCGGAGGAGGAGGAGGAGGAGGAGGAGGAGGAGUAACCGGACACCGACUCACUGAGCAGCUCCUGGCCGGUCAGAGUGCAGCGGAGCCCGGCAGCAGAAGCACGGAGCAGCGGGGCGACGAGCAGAGUCUCACCGAGGAUCAACAGCUGAGGAGCGGCGGAGCUGCGGCGGAGGCUCCGGUCCUCCCUGCCGGACUUUAAGAGCUUUUAUCCCGCUUCCAUCCUCCGCUCUCCCGCCGGUCUGCGGCGCAUUGUGGAAGAAUAACGGAGUUACCGUGAAAGUGCGUGAAGUACCGUCAUUAUCCCGCCGCUGGCAGCCUGACAGCCGCCAGCAUGAAGAAGAACAACUCCGGGAAACGGGGCCAGCAGGACUUGGUGCAGCAGCACGUUCAGCCCGAUAAGGUGGGCUGGAUCCGGAAGUUCUGCGGGAAAGGUAUCUUCAGAGAGAUCUGGAAGAACCGCUUCGUGGUUCUGAGGGGAGAUCAGCUGUUCAUCUGUGAGAAAGAGGUGAAGGAACUGGGUCGGGCUGACGAGCUGUUGGAUCUGUCGGACUACGAGCGCUGCGAAGAGAUCCGGAAGAACAAGAGUCGCAGCAAAAAGAACCACAGCAAGUUCAGACUACAGCGCUGCAGCACGCCGGGCAACACGGUCCCGAACCUGGUUUUCCUGGCUGUGAGUCCCGAGGAGAAAGAGUCCUGGAUCAAUGUCCUGAACGCCGCCAUCACACGAGCCAAGAACAGAAUCCUGGACGAGGUCACCGUAGACUCUCAGUUGUCUCAUUUGACUCGAGAUCGAGUGAAGAUUCCUCACAACCGCCGGCUGCCGACCAGAGGUCACCUGCUGGCUGUGGCCUCCUCCUCCUCAGACGGGACACUGACUCUGGAUCUGAUCCAGGAGGAGGACGGUCCGUCUCCUCAGGGAGCCGACGGCUACGACGCCUCCAGGGUCGACUCAGACAAACCGGAUUGUCAGCGGUCGAAAACUGACGGCGCUCUCUCUGCCAGGACCAGCGAGGCUUCUGGGAAAUCCCAGAGCCUCCCCCGCGAGGUGGUGGUGGUGUGGGAGCAGACGGGCCAAACCCCCCAGCCUGGAAAACGCUUGACAACUGCAGAGAAAAACCGCUGCGCCUCCAUGGACGAGAUCCUCACGCACUCCGAGACGAAACCUGCAAAGAACAAGACCGGGGCAACGCCACGUUCGCCGGACGCCGCGGCGCCCAUCAGCCGGCUGCAGGAGCUGAUCAGCCAGAAGCUGGAGAAGACGGAGCGGCUGCUGACGGAGGCACGGCGGGACGCGAAGGGGAAGGAGUCCACUGAAGCUGAGAGACUCCUGAAGGAGGCAGCGGUGGCCUGGAGUCAGGCUCGCGAGGUGCUGGAGGAGGUGAAGGAGCUGAGGGCGUUGUCCCGACAACUGGACUCCUCCUCCCCCCUCACCCCCUCCAGCAGCACCAAGCUGAACCAGGACCGCCGGAGCCCGAUGUGAGCCACAGGGACUCUGAGAACUGUUAAAUUAUUUGGAACAAUUCAGGAACCAGGACCGAUCAGAUCUUCCUUAAAACCAGAGUGUAGCAUUCAGAUCCAGGUUCUGAAAAUCCCUUAAAGUCUGUUUUUGGUUGCACAAACGUCCUUCGACAAAAACAGGAAACUCUUUAAAGUCUCCACGAACCAGGAAGUGUUUGUGUUUCUAGCUAAUAGCAGCUAGAGCUAUGAGCUAGCGUCAGCAUCGACCAUCCAGUGAACACGGGACCGAACGCGGACCGAACGCGGGACCGAACGCGGACCGAACGCGGGACCGAACACGGACCAAACACGGGACCGAACGUGGGACCGAAGCGGGAUCGGACACGGGACCGA